GACAAAUCAGCAAAAAAAAAAAAAAAAGACUGCAGUUGGCUCCCGGUGGACCAAAAACCCUGACAAAACCUCUCUGCGACGGAGUCACUGGUCGCCGGUGCCGCAACCUUCUUCUCGUCUUUUCCGGUAAACAGACGUUUCCGAUAUCCUUUAGCUUCUGUAUACUAUUACACCGGCAAGACAUCAAGCUGCUAGGAAUAGGAUGAUUAUCCAUAGCAUAAAUACUAGUCUGGUGUAAGCUCGGAAUGAGUCCGAACGAUGGUUCUUGUAGCUGAACAUUCAAUUCCAGUUGUAGGGUUCAUGAAUUUGCCUCGUAUUAUAUUGCUUAUUUCAUCCAAUAUGUGUCUAUUGAAUUCUUAUUCCUCUUGUUUGUUGGUUUUUGGUUGGUUUACUUCAGUUUUAUGGUUGUCAGUGGCAUUAUAGGAUGGAAUCCAGAAGGUUUAUGCUUAGGGCUGGAUUACAAUUCUCUGCAAUGGAGGCUUUUUUGUUCAGUUGCUGCCUUUUAUGUUUUUUUUUAAAUGGAUGGGGUUAACAAUUUGCCAAACCUUGUUAGGGUUCUGUGCUUUGACUUGUGAAAGAGAAGGUGAGAGUAAAGAAGGGAGAUGAAACGAAAGAAUGGAGAAGGAAUUGAGGGGGGAGAAGAGAAGAUAAAGGUUUUAUGCUUGGAACAAGCAAGUGAUGAGCCAAACCCUACCGGAAUUUCUUCCGGGCACGGGAAGAAGGCAUUGGGUUUGGGAGUAGAAGAGGUGGCAAUGGAUCUCCCAGGGAUUGCAUUGGCACCAUCCAAUCCAGACUCCAAAGCUGGGGUGAUUUUUGUUCUUGAGAAGGCUUCCUUGGUUCUUGCUAAUGUUGGACGAAGGUAUAGGAUUUUAAACGCAAAUGAGCAUUCCGACUAUUUGCGGAAGAAGAACAUGGAUCCAUACAAGUACAGACCUGAUAUUGUUCACGAGGCUCUCGUCGGAAUUAUGGAUAGCCGGCUCCGUAUGGCUGGUAAGUUAAAGGCAGUGUACAUCAAGACAGAUGAAGGGAUUUUGAUUAAAGUUGAACCUAAUGCUCGAAUUCCUAGAACGUUGGAGGAAUUCUGUGAUAUGAUGGCUCAGUUGUUACAGAAAUUGAGCGUCAAAGCCAAAGGGAAAGGUGGAAAAUUGUUACGGUUGGUUCAGAAUCCAGUAACUCAGUACUUUCCUGUUAACUCCAUUAAAAUAGGUCUCUCAUUUGUUUCGGAUAAGGCAGUCCCCAUAGAGGAGUACAUUACUGGAGUCAACAAGGACAGUGACCUCAUUUUUGUGGUUGGCACCAUGGCCCACGGUAAAAUCGAUAGCGAUUACCUUGAUGAUCUUGUAGCAGUUUCUAGCUACCCGUUGACUGCUGCUGCAUGUUUGAGAGACAUAUCCAUCGCACUGGAGGGCAAAUGGAAAAUCCACUGAUAAUAUUGUCCAUCCUACUUGGAUGGUGACCGCCAGAAUACUUGUCAAUGCAAUGCAGCACUACCCUGUGCUCAAACCCUUGAUUCUGCAGCUGUUACAGAAGUAAUUUAUCGAGUAAGAUGACGAUGAGGGAUGAAGAUAGAAAGGGCAGCUGCGUCGUAGCUGCAUACGGGUCAUGUUAGGUUAUUGCAUAACUGAUAGACAAUAGGUCACACUAUUCUCUUACUUGGUUAAAGACUCAUGGACCGCAGUGUGGAGUUGUGUUCGUGAUCUUGGGACAUUGAUUUAGCUUUUGUG